UGACCCUCACUGUAGGUCACGCAUGGCGGUAACUGUACUCGUGCCUCGAUGGCUCAGAAAACUGAGGAUGUGAACCACGCUGUGGGUGACUCUUCUAUCGUAAACAGGGGUCUGAAAAUUCUCAAUGGACUGAAGAAGAUUAGUUUUGCAUCGGAACAUGCGCUGACUGCUGCAAUAUUUACUGGCUUUCGGUCUAUUCGUUUAGCUGCUGAAUGGGUCGCAUCUCAUGCAAGGGAUCCCUUGCUGUAUACUGAUUUCGAAGUGGAUUUCCAUGUAUAUAUGAGCAUAGACAAAAAGUUCGAAUCUGAUGUGCAAUCAUUCCUGUCGGCUGCACGGAGUUAUAUAGGAUGGUCAUACGUUUUUGACCGUCCACCUCAUGUUCCAGUACUUCAUCUGAGAGUGAAACCUCAAGAUGGAUUGGUUCUGGAAUCCAUUUUUGCUAAAACAUUCAGUCUUUUUAAUGCUAAUCCCCCUACUGAUGUUAAGAUAGCACUUGAAUUGCUGGUAGAUACUGAAGCCUCUGUCGCUUUUAGAUUCGCGGAACCCAAAGUAUAUGCUGUGCUUCAACAGCUCUCAGAAGCGUUCAUCGAAAACCUGUCAAAAGUUGACUUAAGUUUUGAGGUGGUUUCCAACUCAUGCAAAUCAAAUAAUCUAUUCACACUAGUCAGUAGCAUUAAAUCUUGUGAUGAAAUGAAUCUGAUUUUAAAGCAACUUAAAGAAGCUUAUUUAUCUAAUCAUUAUUGUAUCAAUGAUGGUAAUCGCCAAAUCAAAUUCUGCUUAUAUUCACACGAUCCCCGUUUGAGAGAUUCAAAUUUAGAGGUAUAUGAAAUGUUAACAAAUGUAGAAUCGGAUAUACUUGCCUAUAAUGACAACUAUUGUACUACAAAAGUGGACGAAGACAGUGUAGAACAAUUCUAUAGUGGCAAAAUACAAAAUAAUACUAUUACUAAGAGUAAUAGUAGUGGAUUAACCUAUUGUGAUAAUAGUAGCAAUAAUAUAUCUGAUAAUUCAACUACAAACAAUUCAUCACAGGAAUAUCACCAUAAACACCUGUCACACUAUGCUGGUGAUUACAUUCUAUUAGUUGAUUCUGUGUGUUUAAAAGAACGACUAGGCUGUCCGUAUGGAAUCAAUCUGUCUACUGGUGAAUCUGGUCUGUUCAAUCUAUCAGCCGGUAGACGUGUACCACAGAGUCAAACAUGGACAUUACACUGUUCUGUCCCUGUAAAAUUAUCGUCACCAAUGGAAUCAUCUGUUGGACGCAUUUGCACAGAUGAAAAUAUCAGUGAAGAGUUCAGAAAGCAGACAAGUCAAAAUUCUAGUCUUAUCGCGGUCAACUUAAAUUCAUCAUGUCGUAUGCCGCCGCCACUACUGCGGCAGACAUUGUCCUCGUCAUCAUCAUCAACAUCAUCGUCAUCUUCAGUGUCACCGUCAUUUCCGCAGUCGAUGUUGUGGAAACAUUCUUCUCGGUCUUCUCACUCAUCUUCAUCUGAGUCGGCUAGUGAUGAUCGUGAAAGGAAUAAUAAUAAUAAUGAUAAUGCUAAUAAUUCUACUGAACGGACUGAUACUACAACUGUUACCAGUCAUUACAGUACAACAACAACAGCGUCAACACCAGCAACUACACCAAGUCAAGCGAGUGUACACUUUAAGUGUGGUGGUGCAACAACAAGUUGUUCUGAGGAAUUUCAAUUGAAGUUAAUAACCAGUCAUAACAACAAUAAUUAUAAUGAGAACUUGAAUAGUGCUAAUGUUGAUAAUGGCAAUAAAAGUGGUAGUGGCCGGCAUAAAAUAACAAAUAGUAGUACUACUGCGAAACGCCAUAAUCAUGCUAAAAGAAGGCAAAUGUAUGUUAUGCGACACGCUGAACGUGUAGACAUGAGUUUUGGUCAUGCAUGGGUUACUCAGUGUUUUGAUCAUAAAGGAGUGUAUCGUAGAUUCAACUUAAAUCUCCCACCAUGGUUACCGACCAGAUCAGAUUGUUUAGAGUAUAUUUUGGACUCACCAAUUACUCAGGUUGGAUUAUUUGUAUCAGCUGAAACUGGUCGAGCACUGGCCGAUGCUGGAGUCCAAUUUACUGCGUGUUAUUGUUCACCAGCUUUUCGAUGUGUUCAAACUGCCUGUGAAUUAUUACGAGCAAUGGGUCGUUUUGAUCUACCUGUUCGUAUAGAACCACAUUUAUUUGAAUGGUACGGUUGGUAUGCUGGUAAUCGUUUACCGAAAAUGAUGACUCCUCAUCAACUGAAACAAGCUGGUUAUAAUGUGGAUAUAAAUUAUAAACCAUUAAGUGUAUGCAGUGAUAAAGAUUUCAAUGAAUCUAUACAAGGCUAUUGUGAUCGUACUGCUCUAUUAAUUAAGCGUAUAUUAAAUAUUCAUAAAUCUAAAGAUACCUGUUUGUUGAUUGUUGGUCAUGCUUGUUCACUGGACACCUGUACACGUCACUUGGUGAAUCAUGGCUUUCGACAUCAUCAUCAUCAUAUCUCUUCGGAUGAAUUCCAACAUCGUACAUCCAUUGUACCGUAUUGUGGUUUACUAUUGGCUGAAGAGAAUCGUCGAUGGGAUCUUGUUGAAGCGCCUAUACCCAAUGCUUGUUCAUAUUCGCGAAAUUGUGAUUAUGAUUGGAGAGAGUUGCUUGGAUCAACACUGUGUAAUUUUAAGAUUAAAUGAAGAGAGAUUUGUAGAAUGAAUAAUAGGGGAAGUGAACUGGAAUUGAUAUUGACUGCAUAAUUGGAUGGAUGGGUGUUGGUCUUCUUUGUUCGGUUGGUGGUUGGGGUGGCAAUUGACUGACUAUGUAGUAUUACUACUCGCGCUAGUCUUAUUACUAUUUUUUGUUUUGUUUUGUUAAUUUGCAUUUAUAUGCAUGCGUAUAUGCAUGUGUAUGUGUAUAUUUUCGAUUGAUUUUGUCAAGACAACAAAGAAAUGGCGCAAAAAAUGUACAGUAUUUCAGUAAGCGGGUCAGUCAGUGACUCACUGACUGGUAUUUUCCUCCAUAUUCAUACUAUUUAUAUUAUUAUUGCUAUUAUUAUUA